AUGCCCCUCUUUGUUCGCGAUACCACCGCGGACAAGCUCUCUUCUCGCACCAUUCACUGCGUCUUCCUUGGAUUUCCCACCAACGCGCCUGGCUGGCAGUUUUACCACCCAGCCUUGCGUCGCAUCCUGUCCUCCCAGGACGUCACUUUUGACGAGUUGGGGGGUGACGCUGCUGGUGACGACACAGCGGCCUCUCGCCGCUCACCACGCUUGGAGACCCCUCCUGGUUUCCCACCUCGGCCGUCUUUGCCGCCUCUGCAGCUUGUUGCUGAAGACUCUGGUGCUGCUGGGGGUGGUGACGUUGGGGGUGCGGACUUUAGGGGUGGUGACGCUGGAGGUGCUGAGUCGGGGGGUACUGGUUCUAGGAGUGUUGAGCGUCCUGGUGGUGGUGGAGUCGCUAGUGCUCCUGCUGGAGGUUUUGGGGGUGGACAGCAGCAGCAUACUCGUCGGAAGCUUGGAGGUACUGGCGCUGGAGGUGCUAGAGGUGCUGGAGGUGCUAGAGGCGCUGGAGCUAUAGGUCCUGGAGCUAGUGUGCUGGUGCUGGAGGCGCUGGAGCUGGAGGUCCUAGUGCUGGCGGUGCUAGUAUUGGAGGCGCUGGACCUGGAGGUACUCGUGCUGGAGGCACCGGAGCUGGAGGUACUGGAGGUGUUGGAGGCGCUGGGCCUAGAGGUCCUGGUGCUGGAGGUACUGGAGCUGGAGGUGCUGGUGCUGGAGGUACUAGAGGCACUGGAGCUAUAG